AUGUUUUCUCGUGCCUUGGGGGUCGUCGUUCUGGUGGCAUCUUGCUUGGUGUCGACCGGUACUGCUGUCACCUAUUCUCCCGUAAAGCCUCCGUCGUAUCCAUUGGCCGUGCGGAGUCCGUAUCUGUCAGCAUGGAUCCCCGGCAGUGAUGUCGCAUCACUUCCCAAUAGCAAUGCGCAGUUUUGGGCGGGCAACGAUCUGACCUGGUCGGUCAUUGCACGCGUCGAUGGCACCACGUACAAUCUGUUCGGCGUUACCAGUCCCCCUGUCGGAACCAAAUCGGCCACCGUGACCGAAGCCAGCUACACCUCAACACAUUCGACCUUCGUCGUAACUGCCGGCUCGCGACAAUUCACGCUCGACUUCUUCUCCCCGGUAUCACCCAAGAACUAUAUCCGCCAGUCGCUGCCGUUUUCAUACCUCACGGUGACCCUCGCUGCAGGCGAUUCAAGCUCUGUCCAGAUUUAUUCGGACAUUGACUCGACGUGGACGGGUCAGACCAGCGACUCGAGCUGGAGCUACACCACCAGCGGAUCGACGAGCGUGUUCCAGAUCCAAACAGUCGGAGCGGCGACGUAUUCGCAGAACAGCGACGGCCAAGCUCUGUGGGGCAGCGCCGUCUACGCCACGGCUGGCACUUCGCUGUCCACUCAGUCCGGGCCGAUCUCCACCCUGCGCAACCGUUUUGUCAACAACGGCACUCUCAGUGGUGACCAUGCCGACUGGACUUCGAACGGUGCCGUGGCAUUCGCUCAUGAUCUGGGGACCACUGCCGACGAGACCGCCGUGACUUUUGCCAUCGGUCACGUGCGAGAGCAGUCGAUUGACUUUCUGGGCGCGGCUCAAACGGGUUACUAUCGUUCAGCAUACAAGGAGACCCCGGCUGCCGUUGCGCACUUCCUCAAUGACUAUGAGGCCGCCAACUCCGAGUCCACCAAGCUGGAUGAUCUAAUUCAGUCCAUCGGUACUUCCAGUUACGGAUCCAACUACUCGGACAUCUUGGCUCUCUCGGUGCGCCAGACCUACGGUGGAACCGAAAUUACCAUCCCCGACGACUCCUUGGAUACUAGCGACACGCGUGCCUUUAUCAAGGAAAUCUCCAGCGAUGGCAACAUCAACACUGUCGAUGUCAUCUACGCCACCUUCCCCAUAUUUUACAUCCUGAGUCCCGACUACCUCAAAUUGCUCCUCUCUCCCGUCUUCGACUACAUGGGUUCCGAUGCCUAUACCAAGGACUAUGCGGUGCAUGAGAUCGGAGCAAACUACCCGAACGCGACCGGGCAUCCGGCCGAUGGCGAGGAAAUGCCGAUUGAAGAGAGCGGCAACGUGAUCUUCCUUGCCUACGCUUAUCAGAAAGCCACGGGUAACAGAGACUUCGCGACCACAUACUCCGCCCAGCUCAAGAAGUACGCCGACUACCUGCAGGAAAACGGUCUGUAUCCUGCUUCGCAGCUGUCCCUCAACGAUGCUCUGGGCGCUCUCGCCAACCAGACCAACCUGGCGGUCAAGGCUGCUGUCGGCUUGGCCACCUAUGGUGCUCUCACAGGCGACAUGAGCUACACCACGGUGGGCAAAGAGUGGGGUGAUAAGAUCUGGACGGACCACCUCGGAACCGAUGCCGAUGGUACCCACUUCCUGAUCCAGUACGGGAUCACCCCCUGGUUCCUGGUCUACAACCACUACCCAGACCUCUUGUUCUGCCUGAACGCCUUCCCCGAUGAAGCUUACAACGCGACUGCCAAGUUCUAUCCAACCGUCCGCGGCACAGCCGGCGUCCCCUUAGAUGGGACCCUCGGCUGGGGCCAGACAAAUUGGCAGGCUUUUGUAGCAGCUACAGUCAGUGGCGAUGCUCGAGAGAUGUUCAUCAGUGAUUUGCACGCGUAUAUGGCCAACGGCUUGAACACUGCCCCCUUCUCUGACCGAUACUGGGUUGACGCGAGCGGAUCGUACUCCGCCGGAGAGUCGUAUUCGUUCCGCGCGCGGCCCACGCUGGGCAGUCACUUCGCUCUUGCUGCUUUGUCGGGGGCUAAUAUUUGGUCUUGA